ACUGACAAAACGCGUACACUCAAACGGCGCGUCUUGCGUGCGUGCAAUCGUAUUCUUGCCCAGUAUUACUCCUGUCAUUAUCGUCUUCAAAAAUGCCUCCAGAGGUCCGUGGUAACAAACGUGCAUUUUUCGACAUCAGUAUCAAUGGAGAACCAGCUGGCAGAAUCGUAUUCUCAUUGUGGAAUCAUUGUUGUCCAAGAACGGUCGAAAACUUCCGAGCAUUUUGUACUGGUGAACUGGGAAAAAUGAAUGGACAUUAUGCAUCAUAUCAAGGGUCUGUAUUUCAUAGAGUUAUAAAAGGCUUUAUGAUACAAGGCGGAGACAUCACACAUGGCAAUGGCACCGGAGGCUACUCAAUAUAUGGGAGAACUUUUGACGAUGAGAAUCUGGCACUAAAGCAUAAAAAACCGUACCUUCUCUCCAUGGCCAACAGAGGACCAGACACCAAUGGAUCACAAUUCUUCAUAACUUCAGAGGAAGUUCCACAUUUGGACGGAAAACACUGCGUUUUUGGAGAAGUGAUCAAAGGAGUGGAAGUUGUGAAGGCAAUCGAAAAUUUGGAAACUGGAAAUGAGGAUAAGCCUGUCUGCAAAGUCGAAAUAACCCAUUGUGGUGAGAUGGUCCGUAAAGGAGAUGUGGUUGGAAACGCUGGUGCAGCUGCUUCUGAGCCAGAGCCUACUGGUGUCAAAAUGGAGGAUGAGCCAAAAACAAGGAAUUGGCUUAUGAGAUACUCCAAGUCGCCAGAAUCACGCGAAGAAAAGAAGAAAGACAAGCACGGUCGUGAAGAGAAAAGGGAUAGACGGCGUCGUAGUAAUGAUCGUCACGGACGGGACCGAAGAUCUCGUUCCAGAAGUCAGAGUCGUGAUAGAAAUCGCCGACGAGACGACAGAAGUGGUAGAGACGGAAGGGUGGGUAGAAACGAGCGCGACGAUAGAAGUGGACGGGAUGAACGUAGAGAUGAUAGAAGAAGUGCUCCAACAAAAGAUGGCAUCAAAGUUCGCGGUCGUGGAAAGCUGACAUUCCUUGGUGGAAGGACCAGAUCAACAACUCCGCCGCAUUGGAAGCGUGAAGAGAGCAAGAAACUCACUCUCGAAGCGCAUCAAAAACGUCAAGAGGAACUGGAAGAACGGCAAAAGCGUGCAGCUCAACGUGAAAAGGAAGAAGCCGAACGCAAUGCACGUCUUGAGAAGGAACGCGUAGAGCGUCAAAAUCAACGUGAACUUGAGCGUCAAAAACAAGAAGCAGAGCGCGAACUGAAACGGCAGCAGGAGAACGAAGAAUCUGGAAAUCGUCGUCGUCGUCGAUCUUCGAGAAGUGGCUCAGAAAAUGACGAGUCAGAGCUUGAAGAGCCAAAGAAUCGUUCAGCAUCUCCACGAAAACGAUCGUCAUCUUCAUCAUCUUCAUCCUCAUCGGGACACUCAUCGGAUUCUGAUUGAAUUUAUGUGGACAGUGGUCAUUUUUCCAAUCAUCCAGUUAUCUUUUUUGAAUUCAUUUGGUAUUCUAUAGAAAAAUUCCAAAAAGAGCACCAAAUUCCCAAUCUGCUCUUGCACGCAACUUCAGAUGUAUCAUAUGUCUAACAUUGGCAUCGCUUAUUGUUUGCAUGACUUGAUUCAAAUUUUGCUUGUAAUCUUAUUAUAUCUUAUUAACUCUUGUUUUUUCUAAUAAUAACUAAACUCUUUUCAAUUUGUUCCCAUAUUCCUAUCCAUCUAUCUCAACAUGUAUUUUUUUGAUCUGUACCUUUAUGCUCUGUGCAUUCGGAAUUUUCGAACUAUAAAUAUCGUUAUUUCUU